CUGCUGUUUACUACAAGUUCGCUAUUUCGGCGCCAACGGAAGUUGUUGUCCUUUAUUAUCGUAAAAAUAACACUUUUAUUGUUGAAAAAAAGUGAGAAAACUAAGUUUAUAUGACGUGAAUAAAGUACAUCAUGUUCGUUACCGAUCUUCCGAAUGAUUUUUACAAAGUAGUACGAGGAAAUCGGUGCCUCCUUUUAGUGAACUUUGACGUGGAUGCAAUUUGCGCUUCUAGAAUUUUGCAAUCUCUCUUUAAAAAUGAUAAUGCAGUGUAUACUUUGGUCCCAGUGCAAGGAGUUGAUGAUUUGGUGCAGGCCUAUGCGGAAAACUGGGAAGAGACGACUUAUGUAAUUUUAAUUAAUUGUGGAGGAUGCGUGGAUAUAACGCAACUAUUGCAACCAGAUGAGCGUAUAAUAUUUUUUAUAAUCGACAGUCACAGACCUUAUGACACGGAUAAUAUUUAUUCGGAGAGUCAAAUUAGAAUACUUGGUAAUCCAGAGGCUGAAGAGUCAAUUCCUGAAUACAAUGAUAUUUAUAGGGAUGAUUCUGAUGAAGAGGAUUUAGUUCCAACUGAUGAUGAGGAAGGAGGCGAUGAAGAAGAUGGAGCCGUUGAAUCAAAUCAAGCUAAACGAAGACGACUGAAUGAGGAGAUAAUAUUAAAAAGAAGGGAAAUGAGAAAAUGGGAGGAAAAUCGAGAAACGAUUUUGUUUAAUUAUAAACAAUACAGCUAUUUCAGCAAAUCCAGUGCGGUGCAAAUUUUCGAAAUGACAUGGAAAAUGUCAAGAGACACUUUGGAUAUGGCGUGGUGGGCAAUAAUUGGAGCCACAGAACAAUCUAUUCUUAAUAAAAUUGAAAAUCAGAACAGCAUUUUAGAGGCAGCUAAUUUACAAGGACAUGUUUCAAGACUGAGUCACAUACGAGGAGUCAAUGGAGAUAGAUUGCAGCAAAGUGCAAUAAGAGUCACAUACGACAAUGAUCUUCAAUUGGCACUUUAUAGACACUGGACUGUAGAGGCGAGCUUAAGACAUUCAAUGACAACGGCCGUUUCGCUACGUCUUUGGUCCAUUAAAGGUGAACAGCGUCUCAAGGAAUUAUUGGCCGAAAUGGGUUUACCUCUGGCACAAUCAAAGCAACAAUUCUCAACCAUGGAUCUCAAUCUUCGUCAGGAAUUUAAAGAAAUGGUUGAAAAAAUAUCGGCGAAAUAUAAUAUGGACAAUGUAAGGGGUACCAGUUUUACUCUUCAAUAUGGAUACAGAUUUAAAUAUUGUGCAUCGGACGUCGUUUACGCUAUGCUGGCAUUGCUCGAGUCAACUGGAAAAAAUAGAUCGCCACAACAUUGUUUUAUGGACGCCUCCGAUUGUAUUUCAAGAUUGAAGAAAGAUGUACUGGCGAGAGGAAUUGAGAAGGCGAAGGAGAUGCUGUGUAAUAUUUACAAAACAGCGCAGGGUGUUUUGGAAAUGAAACAAGUGAUGAAUGCAGGAAGAUUUCUUUAUGUUGUACUUCCUGGUGGAAAUCUUGAUAGUCAUUUGUUUUCGCAUCCUCACGCUCUUAUGAUGCUCGCGCAAUUUGUUUUGCAGGCAUAUGUUGAAAGUUCGAGAAGUCGACGGGCCCUUGGCUUGCCAUUAGUUGCAUCUGCUACAUAUAACACUGAAACAAAUAUGUGUCUUCUCAUUGGGAUACCACCAGUUUGCGAGGAUCAACCCAGAAGUUUAUUUGGUCUCGCAUUCAAAGGAGCGGCAGAAAACACGAAUUCGUACCUUGAAGAUGAUUAUUUCGAUACUACAAUUGUAAGACUGAAGAUUGAACACCGGCCGAAGUUUUUCGACGCUCUGGCAGCGUUGCUCACGUGAUAAAUAAGUUUUCCUUUUAAGAUAAAAUAGAGAAGUGUAAGACUUAGCGCCGAUUUGUACAUACGAUACAUUUACCUAGGUGUAACUUCUAUUUUUGUUAAUAACUUAUGUGACCGAAAGUGCGUUAAUUUUAAAGACACAAUUUAGAUAUUUAAUUUCAUGUGUCAACGGUUGCAUUGACGAAUUUUUUUCUCUUAAAUUUUCUUUUGUUUUACAAUUAUAGUGCUCGUAACUUUAAAUAUUGUCAAUGAGACACAAGACUUGUGAAAGAAAUUAAUUAUUGAAUUUUACUCAAGGGAAAGAAAAUUUUAGUCUUUCUAAAAUCAUAUUUAAUAGAAAUAAAUUUAAAAUUCUAAAGUUGUAGGUUGUACUUUAGAUUUCUUAUUGUAAACUUUACUAAAAAUUUUUUUUUUUUGUUUUAACAAAACUUAUUUAACUUUUUUCCCGAAAUCGUAAAAUUUGAUUAAUCUCUCUCAUAUUAGAAACAUGUAAAUAUAAUUUUUAAUGUUUUAAAACCGUCGACGCACUGAGGUUAUAUGUAUAUAUAGUAUAGUUUCCUUUUUUUUUGCAAAAAAAAAGACCUAAAACUAGAAUUGGCUAAUUAGCAUCAUAGUUUCCUUUUUAUCGAAAAUGAAACUAAAAAAACUUAUUCAUAACAGAGAGAAAAGGUCUUGUGAACUAAAAUUAUCAGAAUAAUAUUAAUAUGAAAAUUUUGAUUUUAACUCUCGUAACGUUCGAAUUUUAAUUUCUUUUUACAACUCGAAAGAACUUUGACACACGAAUGCAAGUCACAUAAGAAUUAAAUUAAUUUCGAUAAUUGCCAAUUCUGCCGAGCAGAAAAUUUGUUUAGGAAAAAAAAAUGUAUUUGCGAUUAUUUCGACGAGAAAUUUUUUAUAUAACGUGACCAUUAUUUGUAACGAGAAAGAAUUUUUUUGACAAACCAAAAAAAAAAAAAAUUCUUUUCGAGAACUCCGAAAAACAUUAUAACUGUAAAUAAGUCGAAUUAAUUUAGUAUUAAAAUUUAAUUUAAUUCAGUUCAAUAAUAAUUUUUUGUGAAACAGUAAAACUUGGACAAUAUAGACAAAUUCUGCCAUGAA